AUGGAGAAGCUGGCGACCAGUCUCCACGACAUUCUGGAUCCCGAGCCUCCGCCGCGGAACAAACCCUUCGUCCCCGUCUCUCUGAAACGCUCCGUCCUUCACGACGUGGCCCGCGGGCUCUCGUUCCUGCACAGCCACUCGCCGCCCAUCAUCCACCGCGACUUGUCGGCCAGAAACGUUCUCCUGAACGAGGGGAUGGUGGCCAAGAUAGCGGACCUGGGCAUGGCUCGCAUCGUGCCGAGUCUGCGAGCUUCCACCAUGACCAAGGCACCAGGAGCCUCCAUCUACAUGCCUCCAGAGGCUCUGGAAGACGAAUCGAGAUACGACAUCACGAUCGAUAUCUUUUCUCUCGGAGUUCUCGCAAUUUUCACUCUUUCCCAAAUGUUUCCAAAACCUCUGGCAGCAGCGUACAUGGACAGGAGCAGAAAGAUUGUGGGUCGAACAGAGUUGGAGCGUCGUGGCAACUACAUGCAGGAGGUGACGAGGCAAUUCCGGGAGGGGCAUCCCCUGGUCCAGAUGAUCCAGCGUUGCCUAAACAACAUCAUCGAAGAGAGACCGACCAUCCAGCAAGUGAUGGGGUGGCUGGAGGAGGCCAGAGCCGAGGUUGAAGAUGGUGAAUAUGACGUGAACAAACUGUCACUGGCUCAACUCCUGCAGUCCAGAAACCUCAGCAUACAACAACAGCGAGAGGAAAUCAGCCAAAAGGAUCAGGAAACUCGCAGGCUACAAGAGCAGAAUGAAGCACUGGAAGAACAGAAUGAAGCACUGAAAGAGCAAAAAGAUGGGGAAAGUCCCAGGCUACAGGAGCAAAAUGAUGUUCAAAAGGCCCAGAUUACAUCCCUGGAGGAGCAAGUUCAGGAUCUCCGAGCUGAAAACACACUUAUGAAAAAUUCGCACAAGACCACACCCACUCCAAAACAAGUCGUGUCAGGAGCCAGUCCAUUCUCUUCUGGUGCCUAG